AUGGAAAAAAUCAGAAAAUAUCACCAUGAUUUUUAUCAUAUCAACAAUAUGUUUGUGAUUGUUUGUGGCUCCAUCGACCACAACAAAUUGCUGCAAAUUUUACAGGAUGUUGAAGACCGGACAUAUCAGCGUGUGCCACAGUCUUUCACUGUCCCAUUCAAGCAACCGAUGCAGACAUUUACUGAGGCGAUCGAAACGAAGAUUGUCUGUCCCAGUGAAGACAAUAUGCUGGGAGUGGUUGCAAUUGCAUGGGCUGGGCCUCGCAAUCAUGUUCGUCUGCUUUUGUAA